AUGAGGAAGCGGACAUCCAGGGCGGAUAAUUGUGAUUGGCGUUCAAUCUUUCCAGAUGCCGACGACAGGGGCGAAACUGAUGAAUGGUGCCAGUCUAAGUCCGCUGAGGUCGAGGAGAGUUCUUCACCUUGUCAGGACCACGAAGAGCUCAAACAUACCCUCCAUGGCAUCCCCGAAGAAGUCCCCUUCAACCCGGAAGGUGUUGAUGUUAUCCUUAUCGAUGACGAGGAGUACCCCGACAAUUUGAAGUAUGAGGACACCACCAGUUACUAUGCUGAAGUCGAGGAUCACGAGGUUCACCGAGAGACCGACAAAAGCAUGCACAGAGUUAUGAAGUACCUGUGUAACUAUGCUCAAAAUACCCCUUUUGGCGAACUUUCAGGUCCCGAAUCCUGGGUCGAAAAGGGCUUGUACCAUCGGCUGCGGAGAGCAGACCCUGACGCUGUAUUUCGCUUAUAUCUGGCGAUAAUUCCUGAGUCUACCCACACGAUUCUGGGCCACGAUAAACUGACCGGCCAACACAUUCUUGCUCUUCCGAGGGUGGGCCCUUCGCUUAGAGAAAAUGAUGCGGUCAUCAUGAUAUUGCUCGAUACGUUCACACCCGGAUCCAUAGCCCAAUUCGCGGUAGCCAAAGAUCAGAUCGACCACUUGAGGUCUGAAUGUGGCCUCAUACCCGUUACAACUAUUGCGGAAGGCUUGGACAUCCAGCCAGCAUCUGUCGCCAGAGAGCGGCAGACUUAAGGCCGCCGGGGUGGUCGUCGCGCUACCCCAGCUCCCCCUCCUGCCGGCUUGCCUUCUACCUCUGCCUCCACCCCCGCCCCCACCAGUGCUGGUGCUGCCGGUGCUGCUGCCAGUUCCACUACGACUACCGUCGCCGCCGCCCUCACCCUCCAGGAGGAGGAGGAGGAGGAAGUCCCUCUUGCCUUAGAAGAACUCAAAUUUCACUAA